CUUUUAAAUUUUCCAAUGCCAUGUUUCUGCAAAUCUUUCUCAACAUGAGUAGUUCCAGAAUUCCUCAUUUAUCACGAUCAUUAUGCACUACUGUCAAAAGUAGUUCAUUUCAUGAACAGGAAAGAAGAAAGGUUAAAAACUAUUGGCCUUUAACCAGUGAUGUAGUAAUAGAGUGAUCCUUUAUUAUUUUGGUUUGUGGUCACAUUUUCCCCAUUUUAAUUUAUUUUGUGAUUUGUUUAUCUUAACCUCCUCGUUCCAGAAAAGAUAAACAACUUCCGAUCUUAAUAUUCUAAUGUGUGUAUUUUUAGAAUUCAGCAAGAUAAUUGAAACGAUGAAACGAUUGAAUUUGUUAGUAUAAUUAUGUAUAAUAUAGGUUCUCUGAAUAGUCUGAAUUUAACUGGAAGACAAAACUGAUUCCAAUAAGAGAGAAUUUUGAUAGAGAACCACACUUUGAAGGGGUUAAAAAUGGCAAGAUUACAAUGGAAAAAAUAUAAAACUAUUGGUUUUGCUAGUGGUGUGUUCCUCUUCGUCCUUAUGAUUCGAGCUCAAACUUUCGAACACAAAGCUUUUGUAUUUUUACCAAAAGUUCACCCGAAUGCACCAUGGGAAUUUGUGGCAGAUUUCAGCAAUAUGAGAUACUUAAAUCCAACAAUUAUAAACUUCAAUAUUAUAGAGGAAAGUGGGAACUAUGACCACUGGAAGUAUACCACCGAGUAUUACGAAAAAUUAUCCCAUUGGCCAUAUUUACCCAAUUUCGCUGUAGCUCAUUUUAAUAUCAAAGCUUCGCCAAAAAAGGAUGAAUACUACAUUCAUUCUAUCCAUAGGACCUGCUUGCUUAUGGGAUAUUAUUGUUUGAACUCCGAGAGCGAAUUCAAAUUUUUUCACAGCAAUACUUCAAAAGGUGCAUCUUGUGAAGAAACUGUCAAGUAUGAAUGUCCACUUAUUCUGUCCUCGUUUUGUAGACGGGAAGUUAAAUACCAAAGAAAUGCAAUUAUGAACAAUUUGUCUAGAAAGUUCACUGGAAAAGUACCAGAUAAUUAUUUGUAAUUGACUUCGAAUGAGAAUA